AUGCCAAAGGUGCUAACCGCCCGGGACGCGAUGGUGAAGGCGCUCCUCUCUUCCGGCGUCUCGAAAUACCUCGAAUUCAAGCCGAUCAGGAAGGUGCUAUUCGAACCCGAGCCCCAGACGAUGGCCUUCGAACCCAUACCCCUCACCAAGAAUCAAAUAUCAUCUACGGAUCGAUUGAAGAGCCUAAUCGACCGGCGGCGCUUCAUGAAAUUCCUCGAGUUCUGCACGGGGUGGAACGCCACGCAAGGUCCCGCCCUACUCGAAGAGUACUGCCACCGGCCGCUGGGAGAAUUUCUCACAAAGAAAUAUUCGAUGGGGGCAGAGACGCAGGCACUGAUUCAUGGAAUGAUUGCAUUGAUGGCUCCCCAACCGACUACGUUACAGGGUCUGACAGCUAUCUGCCUGAUCAUGGACAGUGUUGGUGUCUACUGCCCGUCGCCCUUCCUAUUACCCGAAUAUGGAUGCGGCGAGCUGCCCCAGGCGUUCGCCAGAAACGCAGCCGUUUUCGGCGCCAUCUACAAGGUCGGCUACCCCAUCGAUCACGUCAUCACCAAGGAGGGCAGGCUGUCGGCUGUCCUGAUCGAAGAGGGAAGGAUCAGCUGUGACGUCAUCUUCUCAUCUCCAGAAUAUGUGCCAAGGGAAUGGAGAGGAAGCAGAGAUGAAGUGGAUGAGAAGAGGAUAUAUCGAUCGAUCGUCAUCUCCAACGAGGCCGGCAAUCAACUUGUCGAUAAGGAGGCUGAUGUGGCCCUGACGAGUUUCGGCGACCAAGGCUCCUCUCGUCUGAUGCAAAUGGGGCACCGGAUGACGGCACCCGGAUACUUUGUCACCCAUCUGAUCGCCGACGACGAGGAAUCGAUCCGAAAGGCCGAGUCUCGUCUAUUUCCAGACGAAUCGCGGCCUCUACCCUACCGCCUCCGCUUCUCCCUGCCUGCUUCAACAGAUUUCGAGCCGGGCCCGUCAAUUCCCUCGAAUUUCCACGUGUUGCCGGGAAUUGACAGGAAUUUGGACUACAUCCAGGUCUUGGAGAAGGUCCGUCACUCGUUCUCCUCCAUCUUCCCGGGCGUCGAUUUCCUCCCCACCGCGGCUUCAGCCCGACCCGAAGACCCCGAA